AUAACCAAGAUGGAGGCCGUUCCGAGACUGCCGAUGCUGUCGUUCGAUUUAAAACACAGCCCAGAAUAUGUGGAAUUCGCCCCGACACUUAAACAGUAUAUACAAGAACAUUAUGGAGAGGAUCCAGCCCUUUAUAAUAAACCUUGUGCUGAAAUAGAACAACUGAGACAGUCUGCUGUUCAUGUAUCAAGAGAUUUUAUAGGCUGUACGACGUUAAAGAAGUAUUACGCACAGUUACAGUUUCUACAGGGUAGAUUUCAGUUAGCCGAGGGUGGAGAAACAGCCAUAGCUUUCACAUGGGAGGAUAUACAGACAGGACGAGAACAUAUAAUAGCCGAUAUAAAGUUUGAACAAGCUUGUAUAUUAUAUAAUAUAGGAUCAUUACAUUCUAUACUGGGUGCCGUGGAUACCAGACAAAAUGCCGAGGGCAUGAAAGUAUCGUGUACACAUUUUCAAUGUGCCGCCUGGGCAUUCGAACAUCUUCGUGAUUAUUUUGGUAGUUCUGCCAUGAGUACGGACAUGGCGCACGAAAUGUUAACCUUUCAAGUCAACCUCAUGCUGGCUCAAGCACAAGAAUGUAUAUUAGAGAAAUCUAUGAUAGACAGUAGAAAGAAUACUAUAACAGCUAAAGUGGCAGCACAAGUUGUCGAAUUUUAUAAAUUAGCCAUUAAAAAUCUAGAUAUUUGCAAUACAGAAGGACUGGUCAACUCAAGGAGUUAUAAGGAUUGGAAGAAGCGGAUGGAGUUAAAAGUGAGUUUAUAUCAAUGUAUAACAUAUUACUACACCGGUAAAGAGUCCGAAGAGAAAGGAAAAUGGGGAGAGACCUUGGCAUAUUUUACAGCAUCAAAUGAUAAACUUAAUGAAAGUGUCAAAUUAGCCAAGAAUGAGGUACCAGAAAUUCAAGAUGCCUUAAAAUUUGCCCAGGAUGUUGUAGGAGGAAAGUAUAACUCAGCUAAAAAAGACAAUGAUUUUGUUUAUCAUGAUAAAGUGCCACCUUUAGACACCUUACCAGAAAUAAAAGGAGCAUCUUUAGUGAAAGGUAUUCCAUUUAAUCCCAAUGAUACAGAAAUAUCUGGCCCUGAUAUCUUUCAAAAACUGGUUCCCAUGGAAGCACAUGAAGCAUCCUCAGUCUACAGUGAAGAGAAAGCGAAAGUUUUACGACUUGUAGCUGGUGAAGUAGAAGAAAAGAACGCAGAAUUAGAUCAGUUUCUGUCGUCGUUACAAAUAGAUGAAAGUAAAUUAACUCCACCUGUUGAUCGAUUACCGGAAGAUUUACUGGAGAAGUGUGCGGCAUUGAGUGUACGAACACAUGCGAUACAAGAUCUUAUAGAUCAAAUGUCAGCUGUUUCUAGUGUAUCAACAGAUGUAGAUUUGAACAUUAAAGAAAUUCUGGAAUUACUGGAAGAAGAGAUGAAGAAAGAGGAGGAAUUUCAGAAAUUAAUGGGAAAUCGUACAAACAAUAUUAUAUUAUCGGAGAUUCGUAAAGAAACAGAGAUCUGUCAGGAGAAACAUAAACAAGGAACGUUAUCCAAUGAGAAUCUUCAUGCAGCUAUGAAUAUGCAUAUCACAAAUUUACGUUUGUUAGCAGGACCACCGGAGACCAUUCUUACAUCACUUCCACCGAGCCAGCCAGAGAAAAGUCCCGGUGAUGAGGCUGUUGUAGACGAACUCCGUAAAUUGUUGAAUAAAGUUGAGGAGAUGAAGAAUCAGCGAUCAAUGUUACACGAUCAGUUACGUGAUCAGAUACAAUCAGAUGAUAUAACCAAUGUUCUUGUUACUCAAGAUGGCGGAAAUAAGGAGACUAUAUUUAAUGAACAGCUAAAGAAACAUGAUAAAUUAAAGACAUUAUUAGAACAGAAUAUGAUGGCACAGAAUAAUAUAUUACAAGCUUUAACUGAAUGUAAUGCUAAAUACGCUACGAUACGACAAAAUACAGCUAAGUCGGUCGUCAGGCGUGAAAGUCGAGUAAAAGAACUGAUCAGUUCGUACAAUGUUUAUGAAGAUUUAAUGGCGAAGAGUCAGAAGGGUUUAGAGUUUUAUAAGAAGUUAGAAGAAACGGUUUGCAGAUUAUUACAAAGAUGUCGUGGUGUUUGUAAGGUACAGCAAGAAGAACGAGAGCAAAUACAAAACAGAUUUGCACCAAAAGUACCCCCACCAUCUCGACCUUCAGCACCCAAACCACCAACACCCAGCCCAAGUUCUCCACAGCCCACUUUACCUUCAUUUGAUGGACCAAAGCUCAAAGAUUAUCUCCCUUUCAUGAAGCCAGCAACAUUUGGACCAAAAUCAAAGAGGGGAUCGGCAACACCCAGUCCUAGCCCCAGCUUAGAUGGUAUUGAUUCUCCACAACAUUUUCAAGGUGUGCAUUCGGGAAUUCCUGAUGGCAGAAAUAUUCCGGCUAGUUAUCCAAAUGUUCCAUAUGAUCCAAAGAUUCCCCAAGUAUCUCUUCCUGGUCCAGAUUUGGUACAAGGCCAAAAUCUGCCUCCUGAUGUUGCUGCACAAACUCUUCGACAAGAUCAAAGAUCAGAAGAAAUCCCACGUCAGCCAGCUUCUCUACCAAAUCUUCCAAUGGCUUCAGCUAGUUCACAGUACAACCCAAAUAUGAUGAACCAGUAUCCUUCUCAACCUAAUGCAGGGAAUGCUAGUUAUCCUGUGAACCCAGGAGCAAACCAAAUGUACAGACAGGAUAGUACAUCAACAGUGUCGUCCGUCGAUACCCCAGUGAUUUCUCCGACAAAUGAAAGUCAACACUUGCAUCAUGGCUUACCACAGAGACAUCCGCAAAGGAACCAAAAUGUAAACCCACGAGGGCCUUCUGGACCCCAGAGCUUGCCUACUUAUUCCACUCCAAAUCAGAUGCAUCAGCAAUAUGCUGCUCCUCCAGGAAACCAGGGUCAGAUGUAUAAUAAUUCACUUCGGCAUCAGAACCCUGUCUCAGCACAGCAACCAUACAUUCCUCAACACGGCGCAGUAAAUUCUAGUCAAACUCCAUCAUCACAUUCCCAGGCUUACAAUCCAUCAGCAGGGAAUCAACAGUAUAACUACCAGCAACCUGGACAUCUAGUCAACCAACAAGGGCAUCAACUACCAACUGUGCAAGGCACACAAUCAAAAAUACAUCCUGGAGCUCAACAACCAAUGCAUCAGAGCAACCAGAUUAGCAUGCAGGCUGGACAACAACAACAGAUGUAUCCUGGAAACCAACAAGCAGGAUUUUCUGGAAACCCACAAGCAGUUCCACCAGGUUCCCAGUAUUGGCAAAGACCAAGCCCAUCUCCCUCCCCCAAUCAAGUGCAAAAUGAAGCUUCAGUUAUGCAUACACAGUAUCCUCAGAGAACGUCCAUGACCCCGCCUCAACAAUAUCCUCAGAACUCACAGCAAUCUUCUCAACAAAGCUACGUGUAUCAACAGACUUCUCUACAAUCACAGCCUCAAACGAUGAUGCAACAGGUUCCUCCAAAUCCCCAGUAUCAUCCUAGAGGUCCAAUGCCUACUGGAUAUCAAUCAGUGAACACCAGCCAACCUGCGGGAUUGACCUACCCAUCUCAAUCACAUCAGAAUAACACUGGUUAUCCAUUACAAGGUGAAAGGUUUCCGCUUCAGCCAAAUGCACCUCACUCCUCAGUUCCAGGAUAUUAUUCAAAUCAACAAAGUCAACCAAAUAUGGUAAUUAUACCUCAAAGUCAAGUCACAACACAAACCCCAAAUCCCACUGGAUCAAGUGUCCAAACUCAAUAUGGUUAUCAACAGCCAAGACAAAGUCCCCAGCAUCAAACUUACCAACCUUCUGCUAACCAACAACCAAUGAACAAUCCUGUUCAGACACAGACGAUUCCAUCCGCAAGUGCUGGACAGUAUGCACCUCAAUCUCAGUGUCCCCAAGGUACCAACAUUCAACAGGGACAGUAUGGGGGACAGAAUGCAUAUUCAGGACAGACUCUGCAACAACCUCCACAGAUGCCAAAUCAAACAUCACCUAUGGCACCACCUGGGCAAGUAGCUCCAGUAAAUAUGCAGCCGGGAACAGGUCAAGGCCCCCGCUUGCCUCAAAGUGCACAAAUGGGAAAUACUGGACAAAUGUUACAGAAUCAAGGACAUAUUAGACCACCAGUACCUGGUUAUCAGCAACAGCCAAAUCAGUAUUCACAGCAACCGACUGCUUCUGGGGUUCAGCAAGGUAUGUCACAAGUUCCUCAAGGUUCUACGCAGUCUCAAUUUUCAAAUCAACAAGGUCAAUACAUGGCACCCGGACAAACACAGCCAGCGCAACUCCCAAAUCAGCAAGGAACUUACCAUCAGACAUCGCCGUAUCAAAAUCCAAAUUCCAGUUCAAUGCAGUACAAUCCUCGAGGACCAGCUGUUCCACAACAGCAAGCACCAGGGGGGCAAAGUGUCUAUCAACAACAAUAUCAGCCUUAUCAGACAUCUCAAGGACAGUAUGUAAGUCCUAAUCUCAGUCAGAUUUCAGGACAGCCGGUAACCGGUGGCAUGCAGAAACCUCAACAAUAUAGUGGAGUGUCAGGACAACAGACAGGAGUCCAUCAGAGAGUUGAUGUUGGUGCAACAGGCUUCACUCCUGGCACUACCAGAAUGCCCAUGGCUCCUCAGGUACCUUCUACAGGUCUGAAACUUCCAGUAAAUCUUCAGCAGCCCCUGCAACCAGCUCCAUCUCAGACCCCAGCACUACCCUUGAGACAGACAACACAGGCACCGCUUGAAGUUAGAAAUACUGAGCAGCAGAAAGCCCCAGUCAUUCCACAAGAGCCCCAAUCAAGUCAUCCUUCUACCCCUGUGAACAUGCCUCCAACCACAAUUACUCCAAAUCUAUCAAGACAGAGUUCUUCACUCGAUGAAAUCUUAUCUUCUAGUCCAGAUAGCGUCAAGCAAGCUGCUAUUCCAGAUCCGGUGAUUGCGCCAAAAGUUCUCACAGCCCAAGAAAAACAGCAGCAGAAAGAAGAAGCAAUGAAGAAUAGAGGAAUCCCUGAAUCCAAAGACCCCUACUCACAUCCAGCGGCCCUGAAUAAACUAGUUCUGGACGUGGAGACAUUUGGGAAGUGUGUUGAUGAUUUAUCAGCUAAUGAAGCUUCAGCUCAUUCUCGAGUGGACAUCAUAUGGAGGGAAUUAAUGGAGUAUCAAGAGCAAGAAGGGAAGAAGAAUUCUAUCGCAAUUGCACGAUGUUAUCCAAUGAAAAAUAGAGAUCAAGACAUCAUGCCAUAUGAUGCUACUAGAGUAAUGUUAUCUACUGUAAAAGAUGAUUAUAUCAAUGCUAGUUGGAUCAAUGAUUUAGCACCAUCUUGUCCAAAGUUUAUAACAACGCAGACCCCGUUACCCGUGACAACAACAGAUUUCUGGGUAAUGGUAUACGAACAAGGAACAGAAGUUGUUGUUAUGAUAACCAGUGAAUAUGAAACGGGCAAGAAAUAUCCUAUCUACUGGCCCACAGAGAAAGGUAAAGCCAUGGAGCACGGUCAGGUUAUAUUGAAUCUCCAGAGUGUUAAAUAUAAAGGCCUGUGGACCGAGAGAAUAAUAUACAUGUUACAUACAGAGACAAAACAAGGAAGAACAAUUGUACAUUUAUUGUACAAGAAUUGGCCAGUUAGUGGUUUUCCUGACGAUGUUUCUCAUAUUGUUAAAUUUAUCAACGAGGCUCACACGUUUUAUAAACAACAAAGAAGUCUCAUGAAACCUAUCAUAGUGCAUUGUGGGAAUGGUAUUGGUCGAAGUGGAACGUUUAUAUUAAUAUAUACCGGAAUGCAGGAGAUUAUCCAUGGCAACGGUAUGAUAGAGAUACCAGUAUUAACCAAACGAUUGUUGAGUAAACGUAAAAACUGUAUUCAAAAUACAGAACAACUCCGUUUUGCUUAUGAAGCUCUGUUAUAUUUUGCCGAAGAUUUUCUUAAAAGACGUAAUAUAUUGGUGUAUAACCCCCAUUAUAAAAAACAGAAACCAAAACCUCCGACAGCACACACGUCGGCAGAUGACAUCGUUCUUGGUUCUGUUAAUUUACAAACAAUACAGCAAAACGUCGGCCGGUUGGGUGAAAAACACGAUAGUACCGGACAGAUACUCUUACAGGGGCAGACAACUACUGUGACCGACACAAGUACAAAAGGAGAUAAUCUGUCAAGUUUACCCGAUUUAAUUCAACAGCAGUCGAAAACUGAUAAUGGCGUCUCACCUAGUCAGCCAAUCAUAGAUAGUGUUGCGCAAGAUGUUUGUCCAACAAGUCCACUAAAUCGUAGUCGUUCUGGAUCAAAUUCGUCUGUGCUUAGUUCUGGUUCGUUGAGUUCCGCAACUUCGAAAUCAUCUCCGCAACAUAAAGCAGAAGUGAAAUCGUCUCCGCUGGCAGAUUUACAGAAUCCAAAUACAUUCACGCUAGAUUCCAACGACAAGGGAAAAAAGCGAAUCACGAAGGCCAGUUUUAUGGCAUCCAAGAAGACUUCCAUUAAAGAUAAUUUAGAUACGUCUGACCCUCUGAGUAACUUGGAUCCGUUAUGGAGCAUCGCGAAGGAUAAAAAGUAAUAUAAAGUGAAAUUGUUAUGUUUAAGAGAUGUUGUAUAUGAUUUUGACGUCUGGUGUGAAAGAUAUGUAAUAUAGAAUGUAGAUAAGUAGGCAAAAUAAAAACCCAGUGAACUUGUUGCCUGAAAAAUAUCCAAUCUUGUUAAAACACAGAUCCUAUUUCAUUUCGUUUCGUUUUUUAUAGUUCAAAAUUUCGUUUUACUUGUCUUUACUACACUAGGAUCUGGAAGAGUUGUUAUAUAUAUAACAUUCGUUCUAGUUGAUGUGAGGAAUUAGCCAAUUGAAACAGUCUGCUACGGCGAGUUCUUGGCAUGCUCUUCAUGGAACUGAGGUUAAACCACUAGCAAUGUCAACGCUGAUUGAUUAAUUAAUGGCUUGACGUCAUAGGGUAAAAAAACAAAAUCACCCAUAUUACCCCUGAAGCGACCUCCCAGUACAACUGGUCAGCUCUUCAUAUAGUGUAGGGCAUCGAAAGUAUAAAAAAAAAUAAACGAAAUAUAGAUCUGUAUUUUAAUCAGAUUGGAAAAAUAUCACAAAUUUUACUCCAGUUUCUUGAUCAGUCAUGGUUUUCUAUAUUUGGGUGGUGGCCGAAUAGUUUAGCGUGUGAGCUUUAGAACAUAAGGGGGUUGGAUGGCCGAAUGGUUAGCACGUGCACACUGUAUCCUAAGGUCUGUCAUUGAGUCAGCUGGCGUGGUUUCGAUUCCCUGGUUGUACGUGGCAAGGAGUAGGGUCACCUGUCCAACCUCGUGGGUUUUCUCCGGAUCCUCCGGUUUCCUCCUACUGCUAAGACCCCUACGCGCAAGCGAAUUAUUGAAAUUAAACCAUAUGUUGGUCCCGAAAUGACCUAGUUUGUGUCAAGUGGAUGUUAAACCCCAUUUCUCUCUCUCUUUAGAUCAUAAGAUCUGUCAUUUAGCAAGUGGCCAGGUUUUGAUUUGCCGCUUGUUCAUGACAAGGAUAAGGGUCACCUGUCCAACCUCACUAUGUGCAAGCGAAUUAUUGAAAUCAAAUUGAACCAUAUGUUAGUCCUGUAAUAAUCUAAUAUGUGUUGAGUGGAUGUUAAACCCCAUCUGUCUCUCUCUUUUCUAUAUAAAUGUCUGGUGAGACGAUACAGACCUUCAAUAGUUCACAAGUAUACUAGAUUAACGGCAGUUUGAGUGAAAAAACUUGAAAUUGUAAAUUAUGAUGUAGUGAUUUUUCAGGCAACAAAAAUAUUAUUGAUGUAUAAUCCUUAAGCACUUGGUAAUUAUAAAUAUUGACUAUAGAUUAUAUAAGAUAAGAUAAAGAGGUGACAGUUCUCGCUAUAAUAGUUACAAACUAGAUAAUGAAAAGGGAAUAUGCUGAAAAUUUCAUUCAAAUAACUGUAUUCUGAGAUAAGUUAGGGCUGUUUGGAGAAUAGUGGAAUCUCGAUUGUCAUUGCUACCGAUGUUACAAUAGUAAACAAAGUCUUGAUUAUCCAUUUUUUCAUUAAAUCAUUAACUGACAAUCGUUUUCUAAUCUGUUGAAAAUCAAGAGCAUCCGAUGACAUCGAGAGUUGAUUAUGGUCUGGAUAAGUUAAUUAAAUGUCUAAUUAAUAAUUUAGAUAACAUUUGAGGCCUAAAGAAAGACCUGCAAUUGUCAGAUUCAGCUCGUGCAUAAUGUAUGUUUAAGAGAAAUGUUUUAUAUUCCAUACCGGUAUUACCAUGGACAGUCCUAAACGGCCUAAAGCUACUGUUACCAAGACGACAUGAGUUAUGUGAAUAACUCUCCGUAUACUACAUCUACAUGUAGUUCUUGCAUAUACUACUCAAGCCCCGGUACUCAAGCCCUGGGCUCACAAGGCAUUCUCAGACUUCAGAUAGUCUAAAAUAUAGCCCUUUAUAAAACCUUUGUUGUUUUAAUGUAUCAAAUACAUCAAUAAGAAGCAAUGUGCAAAUUUUUGUGUUUCUGGAUCAAAGAUAUUUCUCAUAAACAGUGAUUGAAAGUAAACAGUACAUGUAAAUCUUAAGUCUGAGAAUGCUUUGUGAACUCAGGAAGCCAGGACGUUUUGGGUAGUUCCACUCAGUCCAAGUGCUAAAGGAAUGAAGUAGUGAAUUAAGUAGAAAUACUGUUUAGUUUAUUUAUGUGUGAUGGUGAUAUGUUUGAAUGUUGUACAAGGUUGUAUGGUUUCUAUAUUUAUCAAUACGCUCAACAUGUUAAUAACAUUUUAUUUUAACAACCCAAUCGAUUAUUGAUGUAUAAUAAUUAAUUUUUGAACAGUGGUCAGGAAAUUAAAUACUUGUAAAUUGGACACCCAUUUGAUAUUGAACGAAUGUAAAUGAAAUUAGUGCUAGAUACACAAGAUUAAAUGAUACCCGGAUUACAGUGUUAGCUAAUAUGGAUAAAAGUUAUUACGAUAUGGGUUGAAUAAGAUAAUGGUGGAUGUGUGGAGAUUUGGAUAAAUCCUGCUACUGUAUUUUUUUGUUUUUUUUGUGACAUUAGCCCCUAGUAUACUUUAGUAGUUCUACUUAUAAUUAUCAUCAUUUAUAAAAUUAUAAUUGAAAUAAAAUAAUUAUUUGUGGCUGUUUUUAUGAAUGUGAUAUAUAUAUAUAUAUGAUAUUGUAUAUAAACUAAUGAUAUUUUGUUUAUGAUAUACAUGAUUUAUAUACAGGCCUGGAAAUACGACAGGGCCCACAGUGGAUCAGUGAGUAAGACAUUUAAUGUCCACUCAACACAAACCAGGUCAUUUUGGGACUAACAUAUGGUUCAAUUUUAUUUCCAUAAUUUGCUUGCGUGUAGGGGUCUGUAGCAGUGGGAGGAAACCGGAGGCCCCAGAGAAAACCCAAUUUAAUUGUCACGUAGAAGCGUGGAAUCGAAACCAUGCCACUUGACUCAAUGACAGCCCUUAUGAUGUAAAGCGAAUUGAAACCGUUAUUUCCAGGCCUGUGUAUAUGUGUAUUUAUUUAUAUAAGUAUAUAUAUAUAUAUAUAUAUAUAUACUACCGUGCAAUUAAAUUGAACUUUGUGUAAAUAUUCUGAUAUGUAUAAACCUUUGUUUAAUCAAAAUUAACGAGUUAGGCCAGACCAAUUUUGAAAUUUUUGCUCUUCGAGUAAACCUCCGAUAAAUUUCCGAUAUCUUUAGGACAAAAUGUAAUUUACUUGGCUACCCUAGCUUAGAAUUCCGAAAUUGUUAGCUUUGAAAUUUUAAGCAAUGAGUGGCUGUUUGUUUAUAAUGAUACCGAAGAACAAAAGAUUCAAUUGGUUUGCCCUUACUGGAAUGUUAUAGCCUCCAUCACUCCAGCCAAAAUUGGUUUGCCCUUACUGGAAUGUUAUAGCCUCCAUCACUCCAGCCCAAAUUGGUUUGCCUGUACAGGAAUGUUAUAGCCUCCAUCACUCCAUCUUCAAUAGAAGGCUUAAUCUCGCCUUAACUACGUACAUCUUAUCAAGCCCUUCACGUAAUACCCCGCAUAUUUUGGCACUAUUUUUGAUUGGGUAUAAGCCCAGCUUGUGAUCCUAUCAGAUUCCUUCGUUAAAAAUAUUGUUACGAUUAUCAAGUCUCGCGCUUAUAGCUAAAAUGUCUACAUGUGACAAUCGAGUUGCAAAGUUCAAGGUUCGAUCAAUGUCAAGGUUGCUGGAAAUCAUACCUGAUCAACAAAGAGUUUCUAUGGAGGCCGCCAUAUUUGUUUACAGUGUGUUAUGUGCGACGACCCCUGAUUGGACAAUGCUAAUUGAUCACGUGUAAACACAACGAGCGCAAAAUUUCGGGAAUUGUCCAGUUCUGAAGCAACGGUUAGAUGUUGGAACAUGCCAUCACUCCAGCCCAAAUUGGUUUGUCCUUGCAGGAAUCUUAUAGUCUCCAUCGCUCAAGCCCAAAUUUGUUUGUCCUUGCAGGAAUCUUAUUGUCUCCAUCGCUCCCGCCCAAGUUUGUUUGCCCAUACAGGAAUCUUAUAGCCUCUAUUGCUCCAACCUAAAUUGGGUUGCCCUGACAGGAAUCAUUGCCUCCAUCGCUGCAGCCCAAACUGGUUUGCCCUUACAGGAAUCAUGGCCUCCAUCACUCCAGCCCAAACUGGUUUGCCCUUACAGGAAUCAUAGCCUCCAUCACUCCAAUCUACACUGGAUUUCCCCUAAAAGUAUCUUACAGUCUUCGUUGCCCCAAUCCAGACUGUCUCCACUUGUCUUCAACAAAUAUAGGUCUGGACGAUCUUGUGUCCAUUCAGUCUAAUUAAAAUUAUAACAUUACUCCGUUUUCUUGACAGGGUUCUUUCAGUAAUACCCAGAUUGUGAUUGGUCAAAUCCGGAUCAAUCUACAAAUCAAAACCUUUGAUACAGAAAUUUCUCUGAACUCUUGUGAAGUGCUUGAUUGUCUACCGAAUAUAGCUUAAGUAACUUCACUAAAAACAGGCACGUGUCCCUUUGGGGGUGAUACAAGGGGUCAGGACCCCCCCCCCCCCAACUUCCCAUUUGGAGACUAUACAAGAGGGACCCAGGAGAGAGCCAAUACAUUUAAAAGAUUAAAUUUGCUUCAGAAAUGGCCUCAGAUGCAAGGAAAUUGACUUCAAACUUUCAAAAUUUUUGAGAGUGGGGGAACAGGGACACACCCCUGAGAUAUUGAAUACUACUGGAUUGAUUUCAACUGCAUGAGGAAACCAACAGUAUUAUGUCCGGUAAAAUGUACAUAUUUUUUAAAUUGUGCACUGAAAAAAAAAAAUGGCAGUUCAAUUUUUCUUAUCAUCGCAAUGGUUUUUGUAAAAUUAAAGAAUUUAUUGACUUCAUCCUUUUUAAAAGUUCAUUGAUACCUGUACAUUUCAUCUGUAUUUCUUUGUUUUCUGUUAAAAAUAUUUUUCAAUAUAUAAUAUACAAUUUAGAAUGGUUUAAAGAUACAUUAUGUAUGAUUUAGAUAAAGAGCUGGCUGUUCUUGCUAUAAUAAUUCAAAAAUAGAUAAUGAAAAAUGAAUAUAUUGAAAAUUUCAUUCAAAUUACUUUAUACUGAGCGAAGUUAAUGCUGUUGGAAGAUGUAGCGUAGUUUGUUUAUUAUCAUAGCAACAGUACUGGACAAGCGAGACAUAGUCUCGACUAUCCAUUUUAUCGUUAAUUUUUAAAUCUCUGCCAUCGGAAACAACCUAGAGAGUUGAUAAUAGGCUUGUCAUGUUAAUAAAUGUCUAAAUAAUAAUUAAAGACCUGCAGUAGGCAGAUUUAGCUCUUACAUAAUUCAUCUUUGAACUGGAAAUGUAGCUAAAAUAAUUCUGAGACUGAGCAAUCUCCUUAAUUCAUAGAUUGGGCAAUCUCCUUAAUUCAUAGAUUGAGCAAUCUCCUUAAUUCAUAGAUUGGGCAAUCUCCUUAAUUCAUAGAUUGAACAGUCUCCUUAAUUGGGAAUUCACCAUAAUGCAUUCUCCUUAAUUAGUAGAUAGAACAGUCUCGAUUAUUCAUAGAUGCAGAAUUCACCAUAAUGCGUUCUCCUUAAAUAGUAGAUUGGACAAUCUCCUUAAUUAGUAGAGCGAACAAUCUCCUUGGGUAUUUAAUGUUGCUAUAUCUAUGUAGAGUUUGUAUACCAAUAGAUGAUGAUGUCUUUGAUUUGGCUUGGAGUCUGUGAUAUAUGUAUUAAACUUAUAUUAUGUUUAUUAUUUCUAUGAAUAAAUUCCAUCACUAUAUAUAAA